CCUUUGGGAGCUCGAGCCCAGGAGUUUCAGUGGGGUCAGACAGUGUCGACUUUGAUCCUACACCUGAAAUGCUGAUCCAUGAGUAUGAUGAUGAACGGACGCUGGAGGAAGAGGAGAUGUUGGAGGGGGAGACCAACUUCAGAAAUGAGAUAGAAGACCUAGCAAGAGAGGGAGAGAUGCCCAUUCAGGAGCUUUUGAAUCUUUACGGCUACAGGAGGUGUGGAUUGCCUGAAGAGGAGGAGGAAGAUGAGGAGGAGGAAGACGAGGAAGAGGAGGAAGAGGAGGAGGAGGAUGGAGAGGAUGUGGAAAAUGACGAGAGUAGCAGAAGCACCGGAGACCUGAAGAGAAAUGAGGAUGAGAGGGGGAAGGUGUCUAAGGGUGCGGGAGAUGAGAGUCAGCCGUCGGGAGAGGGGCGGAGUCGUCCGGUCAAAGCCCACAGCACGGCAGAGCUCAUACGCCCAGCCAGCUGCAGCUACUUCCACAAUAAUGAAGCAGAAGAAGAGUCUGAGGAGGAUGAAGAUUAUAUUCCCUCUGAGGACUGGAAAAAGGAGAUAAUGGUUGGAUCCAUGUAUCAGGCUGAAAUUCCCACAGGCCUUUGCAAAUACAAAGAGAAUGAGAAAAUGUAUGAAAACGAUGACCAGCUGCUGUGGAAUCCUCAGUUCCUUCCGGAGAACAAGGUGGUGGAAUUCUUAACGGAGGCGUCCAGGCGCACCGGAGAGGAGAAAGGAGUGGACGCUAUCCCAGAGGGGUCGCACAUUAAAGACAACGAGCAGGCCCUGUAUGAGUUGGUGAAGUGUGACUUUGAUACGGAGGAAGCUCUCCGAAGGUUGAGAUUUAAUGUGAAGGCUGCCAGAGAGGAGCUGUCCGUCUGGACAGAGGAGGAAUGUCGAAACUUUGAACAAGGCCUUAAAGCUUAUGGAAAAGAUUUUCAUUUUAUCCAAGCCAACAAGGUGAGGACCAGGUCAGUGGGAGAGUGUGUGGCCUUUUACUACAUGUGGAAGAAGUCUGAGCGAUAUGACUUUUUUGCCCAGCAAACCAGACUGGGCAAGAGGAAAUACCACCUUCACCCAGGAGUAACAGAUUAUAUGGACAGACUGCUGGACGAGACUGAGAGUGCCACGUCGAGUAGGGCGGCCACGCCCCCUCCCACCACCUCCAGUAGCAGCACCAGUCACUCCGAGAAGGAUGAGGGACACGCCCAUAAUGGCCUGAGCAGUCACAGCUCUGUGCCUGGCUCCACGUCUGAGCAGAUUCACAGCAUGGCCAGCGAGGUCAAACCAGAGGGCCUUCAGUCCAACGGGUCCAACAGCUGUCGUGUGGCAGCGCCAGAACCCAACGGCUGUGAGCUGUCGAACAUCCCCAGCCCCGGUCAGAACGGCUCCGUGAAGCGCGAGCACGUAGGCGAGGGAUACGAACGCUCUCCUAAAAAAUGCAGGACAGAAACAGAGUCUCCUUUAGCCCAGGUCCAAACGGACUCUUCCAGAGAUAAGGCGGACUAAACUCCAGCAGCUGGACAGGAAACCACAGAGCCAAACCAAAUGCAGCAAGGAGAGGGGAGGAGUCGACAGCUCUGAUUGUAGGGGGAGGGGUUUUCCACCAACCGCUCUCCCAAUCCACUCCGCAUCCAAAGCCAAGCAGCU